CCUGGAGGAGAUCCUCUGGUACUUUGUUUCGUUGAUUUUGUGAGCCCAGCCCAUGCAGCCACAGCUAUGGAUGCGUUGCAAGUCUACUUUCACUCAGGAUCUUAAGGAAGGAAGGUGGUUGCUUUAAUUAAUGGCUGAGAUACACAGUGGAACGAUGGGUGCCUCUGAGGAGGAAAACGAUGACUGCCCCAUUAAACAAGUCGAGUUAACCGUGCCCAAGACCGAUGACCCUAACAUGCCAGUCCUCACAUUCAGAAUGUGGGUUCUGGGUUUGGCUUCAUGCAUCUUGCUUUCCUUUGUCAACCAGUUCUUUUGGUACAGGACGCAGCCAUUGUCCAUCACUUCAAUUUCUGCCCAGAUUGCUGUGUUGCCGAUUGGGCAUCUCAUGGCCAGGACUCUGCCUACACGCCUUAUUUUCAAGGGUACUCGGUUUGAGUUCACUAUGAACCCAGGUCCUUUCAAUAUCAAAGAACAUGUUUUGAUCACCAUAUUUGCAAACUCUGGUGCUGGGAGUGUUUAUGCCACCCAUAUCUUGUCUGCUGUUAAGCUCUUUUACAAGAGGAAGCUCACUUUUAUUCCUGCCUUGCUCGUUUUGUUUACCACUCAGGUGUUAGGGUUUGGUUGGGCUGGAAUUUUCCGGAGAAUUUUGGUUGACCCAGUACAGAUGUGGUGGCCCUCUAAUCUGGUUCAGGUUUCAUUGUUCAGAGCUCUGCAUGAGAAGGAGAAAAGGCCUAAAGGUGGCAUGUCCCGUACCCAAUUCUUCCUCGUAGUCAUGAUCUGCAGUUUUGCUUACUAUAUAUUUCCUGGCUAUCUUUUUAUUAUGAUAACAUCCUUCUCUUGGGUCUGUUGGCUUGCUCCUAAGUCUGUUCUAGUCCAACAACUGGGUUCUGGCUUACGAGGCCUUGGUAUUGGUUCCUUUGGGAUUGACUGGUCAACAAUUUCAUCAUAUCUUGGUAGUCCACUAGCUAGCCCAUGGUUUGCCACUGCCAAUAUUGCAUUUGGAUUUGCCCUAGUCAUGUAUGUGAUGACGCCCAUCACUUACUGGCUUGAUUUCUACAAUGCCAAGAAGUUCCCAAUAUUUUCUAGUGACCUUUUCAUGUCUAAUGGUACAAAGUAUGAUGUUCUGAGCAUCAUUGAUUCAAAGUUUCAACUUGACCAUGGUAUGUAUACAAAGACUGGACCUGUAAACUUGAGCACCUUCUUCGCUAUGACUUAUGGUCUUGGAUUCGCCACACUUCCUGCUACUCUUAUGCAUGUUCUACUUUUUAAUAUAAGUGACCUUACAAAUGCAUAUCGACGACAAAAAAAAUUGGAUAUCCAUGCAAGGCUUAUGAAGCAUUACAAAUCAGUGCCGACAUGGUGGUUUCUUGCCAUCCUUGUGGUAAACAUUGCUCUUAUCUUCUUUGCGUGUCAGUACUACAGUGAGUCACUUCAAUUGCCUUGGUGGGGUGUAUUGCUUGCUUGUGCCAUUGCCAUUGUGUACACAGUUCCAAUUGGUAUCAUCACAGCCACAACAAACCAGCAACCAGGUUUGAACAUCAUCACAGAAUAUGUGAUUGGGUACUUAUACCCAGAGCACCCUGUAGCUAACAUGUGCUUCAAAGUGUACGGUUACAUCAGUAUGACUCAAGCUCUAACAUUUCUAGCUGAUUUUAAGCUUGGACACUACAUGAAGAUUCCGCCAAGAGCAAUGUUCACAGCUCAGGUGGUAGGAACAAUUGUAGCUGUGAUUGUAUACCUGGGAACGGCCUGGUGGCUGAUGGGAGACAUUCCCAACCUUUGUGAUACAUCCAAGCUGCCACAGGACAGCCCAUGGACUUGUCCAAUGGACCGUGUGUUCUUCGAUGCAUCUGUUAUUUGGGGCCUAGUUGGCCCCCGCAGAAUCUUUGGAAAUCUUGGUGAAUAUAUGAAUGUCAAUUGGUUCUUCCUUGGUGGAGCCAUUGCCCCUGCGCUUGUUAAGCUUGCACACUUAGCUUUCCCAAAACACAACUGGAUUUGUUUCAUCAACAUGCCUAUCUUGUUGGGUGCCACAUCCAUGAUGCCCCCAGCCAGUGCCGUAAACUUUACCAGUUGGAUCCUUGUUGGGUUUCUUUUUGGUUUUGUUGUCUACAGGUACCGGCCAGAUGUGUGGUCGCGCUAUAAUUAUGUCCUUUCUGGUGGUCUUGAUGCUGGAACUGCUUUUGUUACAAUAUUGAUGUUCCUUACCCUUCAGUCCCGUAACAUUGGUCUUGACUGGUGGGGGAACAGGGGAGAGGGCUGCCCGUUGGCUGCUUGCCCUACUGCCAAGGGGGUUGUAGUUGAUGGCUGCCCUGUUUUCUGACCCAAAAAAGAAACUUCAUAUUUUAGUUCUUUUAGAAGUAGCAUUAUUUUCUUUUCGGUAAUCUGUAAAUAGUUUAUCAGGGAUUCUUUUCUAAUCACCGUUUAUUAGAGACUUUUGGUUAUUAUUUAACUUUGCCAUUCUGAUUUCAAUAGUUUA